AUGCCAAUCCCAGUGAGAGAUGAACCCCCGUCAUCUCCUCAAGUGAUGAACGCUUUUUACAGACGAUUAUUUCCUUAUCGACCUUUCUUCUUAUGGUUGAAUCAGGAUCAAGUCCCAUCGAAACUAUUCACCCAUCGAGAAUUCGCAUUUACCUUAGCUGGGGAUGUGUACCUCCGAUAUAAUUCGUUCCACACGUCUGAUGAAUUCAAGAAGGAAUUAGUCCGGUUGAACCCUUCAAGAUUCGAAAUUGGGCCUCAAUAUUCUGCUAGACCGAGAGAUAGGAAAACACUUGCUGCAGGAGCGUUACAACCUCAAAGAAGAGAAUUAGUAUUCGAUAUCGAUAUGACAGAUUAUGAUGAGAUCAGAACUUGUUGUACAGAUAAGAAAAUCUGUAAGAGAUGUUGGGGUUAUAUUGCUGCUGCAGUCAAAGUUUUAGAUCAUGCUUUAAGGGAAACAUUCGGGUUUCGUCACUUGUUAUGGGUAUAUUCAGGUCGAAGAGGUAUUCAUUGUUGGAUAUCAGAUCAAUCUGCUUUAGACUUGAAUGACGAUCAACGUAAAUCACUUGUAACAUUUUUGGAAGUGAUAAAAGGUGGAAAAGAACAAGCUAAGAAAGUGAAUGUGAGAGGAAACAAAGAUGAAGCGGAAUUACAUCCUGCUUUGACUGACGCGUUGGAAAACUUGAAGAUGUCAUUUGUCAAACUCGUAUUACAUGAUCAGGAUUGUUUUGGUACUGAACGAGGUUGGGAAGCUUUAUUAGCCAUCUUACCACAAGAUAGAGAAUUGAUCGGUGGACUAAGGAGAGAUUGGCAAUCUGAUCCAACAAGAUCUAGUGUUGAGAAAUGGGGUGAUUUGCAACAAGCCGUUGCGAGCCUGAAGAAGGGUAAUCAGCUUUUAUUCAGAAAAUUCGAAAGAGCAAUGCAAGAUGUCAUUCUCCAAUAUACGUAUCCAAGAAUAGACGCAGAGGUAUCGAAACACAGAAAUCACUUAUUGAAAGCUCCUUUCUGUGUACAUCCAGGUACAGGCCGAGUUUGUGUUCCAGUAAACCCUGACUUGGUAGAUGACUUCGAUCCAGAAACAGUACCUACGGUGGGAGAUCUGUUGAACGAGUUGGAUAAAGCCGCGGCGGAAGGGGGUGAAGGGGGAAGUCAACGUCGCGCAGAAGAGUACGAUCAGACAUCGCUCAAACCGUACGUGGAGAUGUUCGAGAAGCAUGUAGCUGCAGUGUUGAGGGAUAGUAGAGGUGCUAAGCGUGCUGUCAAGCAAGAGAGUAUGGACUUCUAA